CAGGAGGAGGGACGCUGCAGAGAUGAGCGGGACACCGGAGGAGCAGAGGACCCGAAACCUCAGCACGGCGGACGAGGAGAUGAAUGUCUGUAGAUUACGCUUAACGGUACCACCAGAUGAAGGCUCUCUUCCUGAACAAGGAGCAAAUAAACUGGAAAGAACAAAAAAACAACUCCACCACGUACCGAAUGGAAUGUCUACAGGAAAGUUCUCUGAUGGCAUGGUGUAUGGUGUAGUGCACAGGACUGACAAUAACCAUAAGAAAGAAAUGGUGGUUUAUGGGUGGUCAGCUAACCAGGUGAAAGAAGAGAUGAAUUACAUUAAAGAGGUGAGAGCAACUUUGGAAAAAGUAAGAGAGAAAAUGUAUGGCGAGUAUGGUGAAAUGAAACGGAAAAUACAGCAACUUACAAGUGAAUUGACAAUAGCAAAUGCUGAAAAGGAUUCCUUAGAGAGCCACAUGGAAGUGCAGGCGGCAGCCUUGAAUAGCUUCAAUGAAAUGAACACCUCAUUGACAACAGCAUCAAUUGAGUUACAGAAAACUUUAGUGGAUGUUAGUUUGGAGAACACAGAUAUAAGAGAUCAAAUAAGAAAUUUAAAAUGCACACAUGAACAGUCCAUGGAAAAACUGAAAGAAAAGCAGAAACAGCUAGAAACAGCUCAAGUUGAAAAUCAGCUUCUGAAACUAAAGGUGGAAUGCUCUCAGGAAGCCAAUGCUGAUGUAAUGAGAGAGAUGACGAGAAGACUGUACAGUCAGUAUGAAGAAAAACUACAAGAAGAAGAACAGAAGCAUAUAGCUGAGAGAGAAACUCUCAUAGCAGAAACAAAUCGACUUCUGAAGGCCAUUGAGGAGGCAAAUAAGAAGAUGCAAAUUACAGAGACAAGUAUACAAGAAAAAGACCAGAGGAUUGGAGAGCUGGAUCGGCUCAUUCAGCGCAUGGAAGAGGAACGCCACCAGCUACAAAAACAACUGGUACAGCAUGAAACCCAGAUAUCGGGAGCAAAAUCUCAAACCCAUUCAGACAAACAGAGGUCACAGCAUCUAGAAGAGGUUGCAGCUGGUCUUAGAGAACGUAUCAAACAUCUGGAUGAUAUGGUUCAUUGCCAACAGAAGAAAGUCAAACAUAUGGUAGAAGAGAUUGAAAUACUAAAGAAAAAGAUCAAGCAAAAGGAAUUGUUUAUAAUGCAGCUUCUAGAAAAAAUUUCUUUCCUAGAAUGUGAGAAUAAAGAAUUACAAGACAGGUUAGACUACUUAAUGGAAACCCAGCCAAGGACGAAUGUAGAAACAAGAGAGAUUGGAAUAGGUUGUGAUCUUCCAUCCAGGACGUUUAUUUGUAGACUUCCAGAUAAAGGUAAAAAGAUCGCCGAUUUUGUUGAAAAGCUGAAGCUUGCCAUAGCAGAAGAAGAAGAAUUAAGGAGGACAACUGAACUGUUGUCUGUUGUUAGACUGGAGUUUCAGGCAAAACAAGAGGAGAUUAAUACAAACAACCAAAGAGUACCCCUGAGUGAGGACAAAUCAACAAAUAAAGUUUUAUCUAUUUAUGAAAACUCUGCUACUAAUAUAAAUGUUUACUCUGCUACAAAAACUUCUAACACUGUUUUGCAAGACAAGGAAGCUGAAUGUACCAAGAAAAGACACACACAUAAGGCUUCUGCAAAGGGCCAUAAAAAACAUGAUCAAUCAGAGAGUAUGAUACAAGACCAUGCAAAAACUCAUGAAAGUGAAUCCAGUUUACUUUCAUCCACAACCAGCCUGAUGAAAAUUGAUCAACCGAUACCUAAGUAUAAUUCUCUGGGUGAAGCAGAAAGUGCUGAGGAUGAUUCAGGCAACAGUGAUGACAUGCUGGUUGAAGCCUUCAAAAGAGUUGCAGUUGGAGAUGAGAAUAACAGCAAAGGAAAGUCAGAAAAAGAACAGAACACUCCUAAAUUUAAGGAUAAUCCCUUUGAAAGCCUUUCCACCAUGACACCAAAAAAGCCGCAUUAUAUUGAAGUUCUAGAAUCAAGAGCUAAGAACCCAAGAGCUAAAAAUAAAUUUAAAACAAAUGCAUUGCCAGCUGAGUGGAGUGGGUCAUCGCAUGGUUCCUCACCUAGUCAUUCACCUAGGAGACCUGGGUCUUCAAUUUCUAAGAAAGAAAGCCGUAUUAGAGAUAAGAAACAUCUGGAUGACAUCACAGCAGCGCGGCUGCCACCAUUUCAUUAUGCACCUGCUCAGUUGUUAUCCAUAGAAGAAUCAAUAGCAAUUCAGACACGGCAAAAAGAAAUUUAUGAGGAAAUGCAAGCCAAACUCGCCGCGCACAAACUAGCAGAAACUUUGAAUAUUAAAAUGGUCAGAUAUGAACCUGAGGGAGAAGCCUCGAUGAAAUACAGAGAAAUGGGGGACGAGGAAAACUACCAUUCACUGGAAGACUGAGCUCAGAAAGGAAAAUAUCAGUCAAUAGACAAUGCAGCUGAUGUCUUGAACUAUCCUUUUAAAAAUAACUAGGAUUCAAUAAUCAGGGUUCUUGGCCUUGUAGAGUGCUGGUUUUGGUAGUGGAGAUGUGGCAUUGCAAUUCUUGGAAGGGAUUAAUACUUCAAGUACAAAUGAUGUUGUUUGGGGCCUGAUUUUCAUAGGCAGAGAAAGUUCUCAGUGCCUCAAAAAUUGCUCAUUGGGCUUUAUAUACCUCUAUAUACAGCUAAGGGCUGUUCAACAUACUGUAGUAAGCAGUGGCAGAGUCUACAAGAAGAUGGUAUAGUUGGAGGACAAAACAUAAAAGAAAUAUAUUUUUCCACCUGAAAACCUAUAGUGAAUAAGCAAGAACUCCAGAACAUUUUCUGUCCAGUUAUGGUGAUGCUUGUUAAGCAAAUCUAGAGAUCUAAUUAAUUUGAAGACUAUUUUUUUUCUUGGUGUUUUGUUUUCCUGUAUUAUUUUUGUACAUUGAUUAAACUUUUGAAAUACUAUUGUCUGUUGAAACUAAUAGAACAGAUCCUUUCUCUAGUUUCAGAAGUCCUGGGUAUUUUUCAGUAAGGUAAAUGAGCCAACCAUUGAUCAAAUAUCUCUUAAACACAGUAACAUUGUCUAUGUUUCAACUGAAGAUUGAAGGUGGAGAGCACCAGCGAAAAGCUUUUCUUAAUUGCAAAGAAAUACAGCUCAGAUAAAACAUAAUAGAAAAUUCUUUAUUUUCCUUGCUAACAUCAUGAUUCUGAUAUUCCUGUGCAGCACAAGGAAUGCACUUCCCUGCUGCUGACUUAGCUAUUGGCGAUAGCAUUAGCUGUUGUAAGCAAACUCGAGCCACGGCAGGUAAAAAAGACUUUUGUUCAUUUGCUGGCAUUAAUUAUACUAUGGUGUCAGUCAUUUAAAGCAGACUACAUUUGGAAACUUAAGGGUCUUUUGAUAAGUGCAAUAAAAACACUAUGUGCAAAUCAUACCAACUA